GACAAGUAGUGACACUGUGAUAGGUUCACUAAUUUGACGUGACAUUUCGAAUACAAAAAAUUAAAAAUUGAAAAAUUCUUUGAGAAUCCCACCAAGAGAUUUUUGUAAGAAUAUUUGAGUGCGCCUCUCAAUUAAUUGCAGGUUCCAAUAAUGGCUUUGUCUCUGAUACUUAGAAAUGCAGCUAGGGCGAAUGGGAUGUCCAGUAUUAUAAAAUCCACAAUAAUAGUGGACUCCAGGAAAACCUUUUCACAAUUACUGGAUAAAAGCAAAGUGAUAUCUCCCCUGUACAGGAAAAUAAACUUGCCUAUAGUAAAAAGAUCCAUGUCUGGGGAUCACAGCAAAUUAUGGCCCAUUGAGAAGGCAGUUUCAGUAAUUCUUCUGGGAGUUGUCCCUGCAACUUUUUUGACACCUAAUGUUGUCCUUGAUGAUAUGUUUGCUGUUCUAACAGUUGUGCAUUUCCAUUGGGGUUUAGAGGCGUGUGUAGUUGAUUACAUUAGACCUAUUCUGUUUGGAGCAGCAUUACCAAAAAUAAGUCUUGGUUUGUUGUAUCUCAUUUCGGCUGCUACUCUGGGAGGACUCUUGUAUUAUAACCAUCAUUGUGGUGGCAUUGGGCAGACGUACAAUGAUCAAGAUGAAUUUUUGUAUGAUCCCAAAUUAUUAGAAGAUUUGGAUUGGGCUUCUGUGCUUCAAUUCCUAAAUCCACCCAUAACAAAUGAACAGCCAGGAGAAGAAUGGCUUCUAGUGAGGCCAUUGAAACUAUCAGACUUUGAUAGAGGGUAUUUACAAAUUUUGUCUCAGCUGACAAAUGUUGGAAAUGUCUCUAAAGCUAACUUUGAAAGUCAAUUCCAGAAAAUGCGCAAUACUGGUGGUCACUACAUCACUGUUAUAGAAGAUACAAAAAUCAACAAAAUUAUUGGAUCUGCAUCACUCAUAACUGAAUUUAAAUUCAUCCAUGAAUGUGCACUAAGAGGUAGACUGGAAGAUGUAGUAGUGAACAAUACCUACAGAGGCAAACAACUUGGAAAACUGAUCGUGUUGACUGUCACCUUACUCAGCAAGAAACUGGGCUGCUAUAAGAUGUCUUUGGACUGCAAGGACGCCCUCAUACCUUAUUACAAAUCUUUGGGGUACAAAUCGGAGCCGGGAAACUCAAACUCUAUGAUGAACAGGUUCGAGAAAGAGGAUCCCUCCUGACAAUUAGCCGCCGAUGCCUCAAAUAACACCAAAUCGAAAUUGUGAAAAUUCCUUUAUUCCAUAUGAAUUUUUGAUAAAAAAAACAUAUCCACCAUGUAUAAUGUUGCUUUCCAUUUUUUUUUUAUAUCGGAAAAUAUAAAUUAUAAAUACCUAAUUUAAUGUAUGGAAUGAUGAUUUGGUGUCUGAGGCAUUGGCGUCUCGGAAGUUGUAUAUUUUAUUCAUCCUAACUUAGUUUUAUUUCCCGGUUCAAAUAACUGUGAAAUCAGUUAAUUGGCUAAAUGAGUCCUCUCAUAUGUUCUAUCAAUUUAAAUACAAAUUGUAUUCCUAUUGCAAAAGAUGUUUGCCUUUUAGGUGAUCUUGAUUUGUUAUUAAAUAUUGAUUUCGAUUUAUAUUUAUUCACCAAAUCUAUUUCCUGUUCCUCAAUUCUAUGUAUGUAUGUAUA